AUGGUUGAAGCAAGGUGCUGCUUCAAACUCCUCUAUGCAAUUCUGGUGGUGGUUUUACUACACAUGAGCAGUCCUUGCAUUGGAUGUAGCGAGAGGGACAGGCAAGCACUCCUUGCACUCAAACAAGGCCUCGUGGGUGACGACGGCGAUCGCCUCCUUUCAUGGGGAAGAGAAGCCCAAAACAAAAAUUGUUGCCAAUGGGAAGGAGUCUACUGUAGCAGCAACCAAACUGGCCAUGUUGUUAAACUUGAUCUUGGAGACCAAUCUUUGCAAGGUAAGAUUAGUCCUAAACUCGUUCACUUGCAGCAUUUGGAGUAUUUGAACCUUAGUUUCAAUAAUUUCGGUUGGAGCAAAAUUCCAGAUUUCAUUGGAUCUCUGAGCAAUUUAAUAUACCUCAAUCUUUCUCGUGCAAAUUUUGGAGGUCAAAUUCCAAACCAACUUGGAAACCUUACACACUUGCAAUAUCUCGAUCUCAGCUUUAAUGGAUAUCAGGAGAACUCUUUUCAUGCAAAAAACCUCAAUUGGCUCCCUAAUCUUUCAGGUCUGAAACACUUGGACCUAAGUUACACUAAUCUCAGUGACAUUGUUGGUUGGCUGGAAGCAGUUAAUAUGCUUCCUAAACUAACAAACUUGAUAUUAUGGCGCUGUAAACUUCCUCCUCCAAUUAUAUCCUCUGUUUCUCUCAUGAAUUCUUCUAACUCUCUUGUUCAUGUCGAUCUCGGCCUCAACAAUCUCAACUCUUCAAUCUUCCAAUGGUUGUCCGGUACUCAUACCAACCUUGUUUAUCUUGAUCUCUCGUAUAACAAUUUCAAUGGUUCCUCAAUUCCUGCAUCUUUUGGAAACAUGAGCUCUCUUGCACAUCUUAGUCUCUAUGAUAGCCAACUUGAAGGAGGGAUCCCGAAUUCCUUUGCCAAGUUAUGUAGGCUGCGAGAGUUGGACCUUGGGGUUAAUAGUCUUAGUGGACAACUUUCAGACUUUGUUGAAACGUUGUCCAAAUGCGCUCAAAAGACAUUGGAGAGUUUGGAUAUCUCUUUCAAUAACAUUUCGGGUUCAUUGCCUGAUCUUACGAACUUCUUAUCAUUGAAACACUUGCUUCUCCAGGACAAUAACUUAAGUGGAAGAAUACCUAAAAGUAUUGGACAGAUGUCCAAGCUGGAGACUAUUGAAAGGAAAUUCAAGUCGAAUUAUCCAACAUUCAUAUACGGUUCAGCUAGAAUAAGUUAUACUUUGGAUUAUGAGGAGGAAGCAUCUCUAACAUGGAAAGGGGUACGUUCUAAAUACAAAAGUACUCUGGGACUUGUAAAGAGUAUUGAUCUCUCAAGCAAUAAGUUGACUGGGGAGAUUCCUAGUGAAAUCACUAAUCUUGUUGGUUUGGUUUCUUUAAACCUAUCAAGAAACCAAUUAACAGGUCAAAUACCUCCAAGGAUUGGAAUGCUACAGGAGUUAGAUUCCCUUGAUUUAUCAAGAAACCAGAUUAAUGGCAGAAUUCCAAACAGUCUAUCUCGGAUAGAUCGUAUUAGUUACUUGGACUUGUCAGAAAACAACUUGUCUGGAAAAAUUCCAAUAGGCACCCAGCUCCAAAGCUUUGGUCCAUCUUCUUAUGGUGGAAAUCCUCUACUUUGUGGAUUGCCACUCCUAAGGACAUGCGCAGAGGAGGAAAAAGGUCCAGGACAAACUGUGUUGGUGAAUCAAGACAAUAAAGAUGGGCUCAUAUCGCAAGGAUUUUAUAUCAGCUUGGGGCUUGGGUUUGCUGUUGGAUUUUGGGGAGUUUUUGGCACUCUUCUAUUCAACAGGUCAUACAGAUAUACAUACUUCAAUUUCUGGACUUGUUUCACAGAUUGGUUGUACGUGAAGGCAGAAAUCAUCAGGCAAAGGAUGCCUAAUACUAGAUAA